UUCCAUGGAAACCAGUACACAAACAAUCUCUUUUUCUGGCGACAGGACAUUUAAGACUGCUUGUGGAUACUUUUUGAAAUAUUUCAUAAAAACAUACUUUAUAUACAAACAUUUUGAAGAUGCAGGACACCAACACAAACAAAACAAAGAGAGCUGCAUCAGACAUGCCACCACCCAGUGCUGCUAAAAAGCCUCGACUUGAUGCUGAACACACAAAACAAUCCCUCAUCAGUAGUGCAUUAAAAACACUGCAGGAUUCCUGUGAUGAUCUUUUAUCUCCAAACUGGAUUGAUGCACUACUUAAGGGGAAAUGUGAACUUCCUUCACUGACAGAUGAAGAAAAAUCUGUCAUUUCCAAGUUUUGUGUGAACGAGUCGUUGGCAGAGACGUUUCUGAAAGCGGUUUUGGAGAAGAUCAAGGCGGAGAAAGAGUCUAUGGGACAUGAACUCCUGCAGUCUCUCUGUAGGGUUUAUGUGGGUUUGUGUCAAAAGAGAGGAGACUCUCAUAAAGCACAUGCCCUCGCCUACAGAUUUCUCAAAGAAGACUUUUCUCAAGCCCCAAAACUGAUAAUGGUCAUGGUGACAGCAUGGCCAAGUGUUUUCUCCUGUAACAGCCCUUUAUGCAGAGCCAUUCACAUCGUGUGCAAAAUGAAGGCAUACGGAAAGAUGUAUUAUUUGCUCAGCAAGUUUCUGCACUGGGAUACAGAGCCUCCUGGAGACAUCUACAGAGCCAUCACCAGCACACUGAAGGCUCUUCUGAAAGACAAAAGUCUGACUUUCCAGAAGAGCAGUUGGUAUGGUGAUGAUCUCUGUCCUGCUGCCUGGGACUACGUCUUCAGCCUGGACCUUCUCUGUGCACAACUGGGCUGGAUUUGGACCGUCUCCCAUGUUAUACGAAAAAGUGUUUGGCUCAUCUUGAACACGUGGCUGAAACAAACACAAACAGAGGAAACACAGUUCAGAAACGUCUCUGUAGCAGCAAUAUUCAGGCUACUUGGGCGACUUGGCCAAAAUGGCCUUAAGGAGAACGUGGCAGCAUCAGUGGAGGAUCUGGUGAAAAGCAUAACUGAGUUCAGGGGACAAAAUGGUAUCAUUAAAGGAUCAAUUAAACAAGUCCUUUAUCAAUCUUUAUCUUUAUUCUCUGAUUUUUAGUUCUCAAUCAACAGGAAAGUGCUUCAGCAAGUCCUAAUGUUAUGAUGGAUUUUGUGUGCAGCUUUGCCGUGGGAGGUGCAGCUCGCAGUGGUUUAUGCCACUCAUGAUUUGGCACCCAGCAACCCCAAAGUCGCUCUGAACGCUUUACAAUCAUGGAAGAAAAACCUCACAAAGCCCGUUCCUCCAGCCGUCCCCAAGUGCCUGAAGCAGAUCAGCUUUAUUUGU